AUGAAAAGUUGUCUCGAUGUAUCGUCUUUAUACGAACAGGUAGUAUUAACUGGUCAACAAUUAUGUAAAGAUUAUGGUCAAACGGUUUUACAAGAAUUAAUUAAUUUUACUAUUGUAAAUUCACAAUAUAUUCAAAUAAAUCCAAUUGCUAUACAAGAACAAUAUCUCAAAUGGAAACAAAGAUGUUUAGUUGAAAUAGCUGAUAAAAAUACUUUCGAUCUAUGGACGACAAAUGGAAAAAUAAUUACACCGAAAAUGAUGAAAACAUUUUUUACCAAUAAAAAGCUAGCAGAUGAUAUUUGUGAUUUUUUACAUUUUUAUUCCUUGAUGAUUUUGAAAAUUAGAAGUGAAGCAGUAUGCGAAUCUGCGUCGUCAAUUUUAAAAAACCAUAUUCACAACAAUCGUUCAUUACAACACAAAUCAUUAGAUGAAGAAGUAAUGUUACAUUGGAAUGCACCACCUUUGCAUGUAGCUAAUUUAUUCAUUAGAAGUUCACUUAAUGAUUAUUUUAGUCAUACAAAAAAUAAACAAUGGUUAUUUUACAAAAAAAGUGAACAAUAUCAAGUUUGGAAACUUGUUUCUCCUGGCUCAGUUGUUUUAAAUCGUUUAUGA